GAUUGACCACACAUACGCAGCAUGGAAUUCCCCCACACCAGCCCCGUGCCCGUCGACCUCUACGGCUACCUGGCGGUCUUCCUCAACUUGAUCGGGCUCGUCUUCAUGGCCGCGUUCUUCACCAAGGGCGUGAGCGCCAACAAGAACAUGAUCGUCGAGCUCGCGUUCGCGGCCUUGGCCUCGCUCUUCCUCGGGUCGGGCUCGCUCUUUGUCUUCCUCUGGGCCGAAAUCUAUGUCUAACGCCACGAUGCGACGCCAGGGUACACGACUUGAGGCUUAUUUACACGGCUUAAUUC